GAAAAAAAAAUCAUGUUAACAGAAAUUUAUAGACUGGACCGUCAGAAUUACAGUUAAACUGAACUGUACACUACAUGCCUAGGCAAGAAAUGCAAUAUGUAGAAUGCACAGUAUAAUCAAGGAAAAAAGGGAACAUUACUAAACUAUUUUCCAGUAUGAUUGCUGAGAUCAACACCUACAAAUAAAAAAAAACUGUUCACUGUAAUCUGAAGUUGGCAUUUGCUGAAAGAUUGUUGUAAUCAGGAAUUUUUUAUUCACUUUGGUACACCUAAUAAACAAGCAAAUGAUCAUUCACAUAUGCUCUUUUUGAAAUGUAGUAUCCGAUAAGGCAGGGCGAUGGAUAAAGAUUCAUAUUUCAAUAUUUUUCAGGUGAAUGGCGAUACAUGAUGCAUAUCUCAAUUCUUUCCUGUAAAGAAAUAACAAAUAUAAAUGCACUUUAUUUGUAUAGCCCUUUACAACACUAAACAGGUGACCAGGAUGCUUAACAAAAAUCAAAUAACAUAGAAAUCCCACAGGACUAGACAAAUACACAAGAAUAAAAAAAUUAAAAUUUAUAAACACAGACAAAAUAGAUAAGAGUCACAACUCUACUAGGUAUUAAAAGCCAUCCUGAAUAAACAAGUUUUGAUUUGAAGAGGCCCAAGUCAGAGACAACAUGUAUCACAGAGGAGAGAUUAUUCCAGAGCCUGGGUGCAGAAACUGAAAAGGCUCAGUCACCCCAAACGUUUAUAUUUUGAUCUGGGCACUUCCAACAAAAGUUGGUUGGAUGACCUCAAAGCUCUGCCAUGUUCACGGACAAUUAAAAUCUCAGAUAAAUCUCAGAGCAAGGCCAUUCAGAGCCUUAAAAACAAACAUUAAAAUCAAUUCUAAAAAAGGACUGGAAGCAAAUGAAGGGCAGAAAGAAUGGGAGUAAUGUGCUCUCUCUUAAAAGACGUGCAGCAGCAUUUUGCACAAGUUGAAGGCGUCCGAUUGAGGAUUGUGAGAUGCCAACACAAAGUGCACUGCAGUAAUCCAGCCUGGAUCCACGUCUGGAAAUGAAGACACACAAACUAAAACAUAGUAAGUUCUAAAUCAAAUCCGCACAAGCCAGUUUCCAAACAUUAAAUGGGGACUUUUGUAAACAGCCAGCUGUGCAAUGUUUAUAUGGACAUGAAAAAUUACAUCAAAAUAAAUUUAAAAUUUUUGGAAAAUUUAAAAAAGGAGUAUGCAACUUAAUAAAAUAAAAAGACAGUUCCCUCUUUAAGAUGACUUUGUGGUCAAUAAGCAUUUUUCUGUAAGUAGAUUCUAACCACAAACAAUCUUUGUUGCGAAGCUUUAGGCCUUGCAUUUCUUUUUCUCAGAACAUCCCAUCAUACCCAGUGUGUUUUAAAAGUAUGUUGCCAUAUCUCUAAAACUACAUAAGUUGCCCAACACUGGUAUCCAGCAGGUAGUGCUGCACGAUUGGUAACAUUUUGCUAUUGCUAUUAGACUGGAUAAUAUUGCAAUUUGCAGUUGCGCUAUGAAAUAUGAUAUGACACUUACAUGAUAUCACAGGUCUACUUGCUGGGUUAUCAAGGAAAACACAGAGAAUAAUGAUACUUUUGUAGCUUAACUCAAAAAAUACAGAAAUAUAUAUAUUAAAAGGGUUGAAAAAUAUACUAAACAUGAAAUCUUCAAAGUAUUGCUUUCAAAAUAACAAAGAAUAAUUUUCCCUGUUUUGAAAAUAAAGGUAUUUCUACAAAGUGUAAAUGCAGUGGCACUGUUGUAAACUUAAAGGCCUUUCUGCAGGCAUUUUCAUAAACCAUUCAAGUACAACUUAAUACAAAAACAACAGCAGGAUUUUAAGUGAUUAUGUAAUUGCACAGCCUGAGAUCGCAAUUGUGAUUAGAAUAAUUGUGCAACAGUACCACUAGGGCUGUUAGAUUAUGGUAGAAAUUAUAAUGUCAAUUAUUUCUGUUGCUACUACAAUAAAUUAUCACCAAGCUCAGUGACUCUCUGACUUCACAAGAUCUGCGUCUGUGUGUGAUUUUCAGAUGAUAAAAUACGUUUAUUUUGUAGCCUCUAAGGGCAGCUACGACUGUUUAAAAAUUUGCAAGUUACUUUGGGUUGUUCCAGGACCAACUCCUCAAAAUCAUACGACUGAGGUAAUUAUAACUUUUUUAAGCAGUCGUCCUUUCAGUCAUCUUUUUCAGCUCUCUGUGCAGCACUGUUUAAUCGGGAUGGCAGCCAAAACUAAAGAUCUGAAGCAGUCUGAUGUGAUCAAUAAUCUGUUAUUGAACAGGAAUGUCUACAAGUUUUGACUCUGAAGGGUCUUUAGUCAAAAUGUGUUUUUUAAUCACACUGAGUGCCUCAGAUCUUCAGUUUGGACUGCCAUCUCUACCACAAACUCUAUAUGCAAAUAAUCUGGCAAGCCAUUUGUUCAUUUUUUUUGUUUGUUUGUUUUUAUCCUUGUUUUCUCAUCUUAAAGAGCAUCUGAUCCUGCUUCCUUUCCUUUUUUUUCACUUUUGACCCCAUGUAGCACUCACCCUCCUCCCUUCACAUUUAUCCAAAACUAAAAUUAUACUUUAAACUGAAACUCAUCUAACUGCCCAGAAUCGAGUCAGUCAUUUUUCAUUUCAGUGGAAAGGGCUUCACUGACAUAAAUGUUUCAGGCACAACCCGACAAAAGCAGCUCCUGUUUUGUCAAAGUCUUGGCCUGUGUCAUUGAAAUUCACUUUGUCAUUCCUGUUAGUUAUAUUAACCUGCACGAUAACGACAUACAAUUAAUUUAGUCAAUUUCAAGCACAAUUUUGGCAUCCUAUGAUCAUGAAAACAAGACCAUCGAAAUUAAAUGAAUACGACGAUAAAUGCUUUCUUAGGCAUUCAAUUUAUUUUUAUCCUAUUAGGUUAAGAUAUUUAAAGAAUGUCACUAAAUUAUUUUAAUUUCUUGUUUGUUCUUUAAAAUAUUCAGAGUGUUAAAGUGUCAGUGUUUGAGUACCUAUAAAUACUUAAAUUUGAUCUCAAUAUAACUCAAAAUAAUCAUGAUUAUGAUUUUUUUACAUAACAAAGCACCCAUACCACAAACCAUAAGCAGCGCUACUGUACAGUAUGUGCUAUCAUCAGUAUCACAAAUUUAUACUGCCUGGAGGCUGAUCUAACAUAACAGGCCCUGCAGGUAAUACUAUGUCCUACUUAUAUAAGCAAAAGGUCAGCAGUAGUAGACACCUGAGUCAUGCAGACAUGAUACCAAAUCAUUCAUGAUUAACACAGACUAAGAAGGGGACAGUAAAGUAUUUGAUUGGAUUCAAUAAGCUUAAAGGACUUUACAACGUGCAUGAAAAUGCAGUGUGCCCACAGUGGACGUCAUUUCAAUGUGUAAAUGUAAUAUCAUUAAGAAUGAUAGAAGGAGAAAGAUAAGACAUUGGACCCUAUCAGAAUAAACACAAAGACCUCAAAUGACCCUUUCCAUUCCGUCCUAUUACAUAUCUAUGUUUUUAAUUUUGUACUCUGACAACCAGAAGCUAAGGUUUAAUCACCGUUACUACAAUAAACAUAGCUUACAGGACAUGCCAAAGUGUAGCUUUCAUUAUUUUUUACUGUGACUUUUUCACUGACGGUCACCCAGCCCAGCCCCCCUCCCUCCUGCGUCUCUGACCCUUCACCUAGAUUCCUAUUCUGGAGAAUGACAGAGACAGAACUACUGCAUCACGGGACUCUAUCAGGGUCGGAACAGAUUCUCAGGUGAACAUGGCAGGUGUACGUGCUGUUGGAGUUUUAUCAAAGUUUGCGACCAGCAAAUAUCCCCUUCUAUCAGGUCAUGCCAGUCGUAGCCUUUCCAUGUCUUCAUCGCUGGCAGCUCGAACACACGUCAGCUAUGAGCUCAAGGAUGAUGUGGCAGUCGUACGACUCAAUGAUCCAACAGCCAAGGUGAACACACUAUCCGUGCAGAUGCAGUCUGAUCUGUCGGAGGUGAUGGGGGAGAUCUGGUCGAACAAAUCUGUGACAAGCGCCGUUUUCAUUUCCAGCAAGCCUGGCUGCUUCAUUGCAGGAGCAGAUAUCAAUAUGAUCCAGUCCUGUCAGAGCAGCGAAGAGGCCGCCAAUCUCUCCCAGGAGGGUCAGAAGAUGCUUGAGAAGAUCGAGAAGUCACCCAUCCCUAUUGUGGCAGCCAUCAAUGGCUCCUGCCUCGGUGGAGGCCUGGAGUUCGCCAUAGCCUGCCAGUAUAGAAUCGCCACAAAAAGCAAAAAAACAGUCCUAGGGACUCCAGAGGUCAUGCUGGGUCUGCUUCCUGGAGCAGGCGGCACUCAGAGACUUCCCAAAGUGGUGGGUCUCCCUGAUGCGUUUGACAUGAUGCUGACAGGGAGGAGAAUCAGGGCAGAUAAAGCCAAGAAAAUGGGGCUUGUACACCAGCUUGUGGACCCUCUGGGUCCCGGUUUAAAGCCUGCAGAGGAGAGGACGAUUGAAUACCUGGAGGAGGUUGCAGUGGGUGUGGCUAAGGGGAUCGUCAACAAGACGGUGCCCCUCACAAAGGAGAAGAGCCUCAAGGAGAAGCUGCAGGACAAAGUGAUGGAUCUGGCUCCCGUAAGGAAAAAGAUCUGCAAGACUGUGCGUGAGAAAACCCAAAAACAGACUCAAGGCCUCUACCCUGCUCCACCCAAAAUCAUUGAGUGUGUCCAGACUGGCCUUGAGAAAGGCACAAAAGCAGGUUAUCUGGCUGAAUCUGAGAACUUUGGUAAGCUGGCAAUGUCUCAAGAGUCCAAGUCUCUGAUUGGCAUUUAUCAUGGCCAGAUGGCUUGUAGGAAGAACCACUUUGGGACCCCAGAGAAGGAAGUAAAAAAGCUGGGAAUCUUGGGUGCAGGGCUGAUGGGAACUGGUGUGGCACAGGUAUCGGUAGAUAAAGGCUUGACUACGAUCCUAAAGGACACUAACGUGGAGAGCAUCAGCAGGGGACAUGAACAGAUCUACAAAAGUCUGGACAAAAAGGUGAAGAGGAAAUUCAUGACCUCAUUUGAGCGGGACGCCAUAAUGUCCAACCUGUCAUCCCAGAUUGACUACUCUGGGUUUCAGUCUGCUGAUAUGGUGAUAGAGGCCGUGUUCGAGGACAUGGACAUGAAACACAAAGUCCUCAAAGAAGUGGAGGAAGUAAUUCCUCCCCACUGCAUUUUUGCCUCCAACACCUCAGCUCUACCCAUCAAAGACAUCGCUGCUGUUAGCAAGCGCCCUGAUAAGGUGAUUGGCAUGCACUACUUCUCCCCAGUGGAUAAAAUGCAACUGCUGGAGAUUGUAAUCACUGAUGAGACAUCAAGAGACACCAUAGCCUCUGCUGUCAGUGUGGGACUCAAACAGGGCAAGACAAUUAUCAUUGUCAAGGAUAGUCCAGGGUUUUACACCACUCGUGUCGGCACUCAAUUCAUAUUUGAGACUAUACUACAAUUACAGGAAGGUGUCAGGCUGGAGAAACAACUGGAAUUGGCAAAUAAGUUUGGCUUUGCCAUGGGCCCUCCAAUGACGAUGGAUGAAGUCGGUCAUGAUGUUUGUCUCCACACAUCAGAGGAUAUGCUUAAUGCCUAUGGUGUGCGAUAUGAAGGAGCAGACUUAGGUGUUUUAGAGACCAUGGUGGAGAGAGGCUUCAAAGGCCGUAAAUCUGGAAAAGGCCUCUUUCUCUAUGAGCAAGGAAGAAAAUACAAAACUGUGAAUCCUGAGGCUAUUGAAAUCAUCAAGAAGUUUCCGCUCACAGCUCAUCCUUCAGUCUCUUCAGACUGGGACAUCAUGCACCGGAUGAUAAGCCGCAGUGUGAAUGAGGCGCUCCUGUGCCUCCAGGAGGGAGUCCUGAAAAACCCAGUAGAGGGAGACAUUGGAGCUGUAUUUGGGAUUGGUUUCCCCCCAUCUUUAGGCGGUCCAUUCAGGUUCGUGGACACGUUCGGAGCAGAGCGUCUUGUGAGCACCAUGACACGGUAUGAGGAGGUUUAUGGAAGUCCGUUCACACCUUGUCAGCUCCUACUGGACCAUGCCAAAGACCCCAGCAAGAAGUUUCACAAAUGAUCAAACAAGGGGGACUGUGAAACUUGUAAAACAAGCCUCCUCUCUAGUGGGACCCCAUGGUGCCUUUUUCAGGAUAGGUGAUGGUGAGAAACAAAAAUGUUUUAUCUUGUUUUAAUCAUGCCAUUACUUAUAUGCAUAUGCACACCAUUUGUCAUUUUAUAUCACCUCUUAAUGUUUUAACACAAAUAUACACAAAAGUGGCCUUAAAAUUUCAGUGUAUUUCAUCUUCUGUUUUCCCAAAGGCAGCUGUUCUUAUGAAAUUAUUUAUUAUUUAAUG